UAGUACUUUCUUUGUGAAACAGUCACACACAUAUCAGCAGCCAACAUGAUCGCUAAGGCAUCUCCUUCAGAGUCUGUGGAGAGACACUUAACUUUCUGUUGCCAUGUGCGGACAGCGUCCAUGGUCAUCGGGGUCUACUAUCUGUUAGCCAGUGUCAUGCUGUGUGUAGAUCAGAUCUUGGAUGUUGCCUAUGGAAAGAAUAUCUGUGGCUCAGCAUAUAAAGAACAGCUCCCUGCGAAGGAACGCAUAAUUGAUGUGACAACUGAUUUCAUCCUCAUUGCGGUGCUUUUCAUUUCCAGCCUUCACAUGCUAUAUGGCAUCAUUAAGUUCAGAGAGCGCCUACUUUUGUCAUUCCUGCUUCUGCAAUGUUUGGAUAUUUUCCUGAGUGUGCUGUCCCUCUUCAGUCCUUCUUGGGGGCUACCAGGAACCAUUAAUUAUGACAAGGCUGUCAUGCACUGGCAAAAGCUGAGUGGAAAAAAGGAGUUUACUUCCAACGAGAUGACAAAGCUCUUCAUCAUUUUCACUGUUAUUUUCACAUUGUGUAUUCUGAUUAAGGUGUACGUGGUCAACUGUGUGAUCCGCUGUUACCGCUUCAUAAAGGCUCAUGCUGAAGAAGCUAGAAAUGUCUCUUGCAAAUAUGAUAUCAACCCAAUGAUAAAGCUGCCUUCCUAUGAUGAAGCCCUAAUGAUGGCUCCAGCCUACAAAAAAGUGUGAUUGCUUCCACCUCAGAAUAUAACAUUUGGCAUCUGUUUUUCCAGGCCAACUACCGAUGUAUCAUCUGAUUAGCAUCUGUCUCACAAAAAGUUAAUCAAAUAUCUUGGUAAUACUUUGCUUGAAAUAUCUGUUACUAUUCUUCUGAAUUAUAUCUAAAAAUGUUAGAUGUUAAUGAUUAUUGUUCAUGAAAAGUAAAAUGGCAGAAUACUGGAAGCAGAUUUGCAGUUUGACAACAUUAUAAACUCUUUCCUUUGCAUUUGUAUGUACAGAUAUUAAAUUCAUUUUGUGUUUUUUUAUCAUGUAUUAUUAAUCUUUCUGUGUUUGUAUUGGUUUUCAUUGACAUGGAAAUACUCAAAAGAGAGACAAUUCUUUCCAGUGAUAUUUGUUUAUAUUAGAAUAACUUCUUAGUGCCUUGACUAUAAAAGAAGCAAUUACUCUGAGUACAAGUUACCAAGUUAACAUAUCCCUACAAUCAAGAAUAUCAUUGUGAUCUACUUUACAUGUACUUCAAAACAGUUUUCUAAUGGAGAUUUUAUACUAAUUGGCUACAAAAAAGUUGAAGCAUAUUAUUGCUCUGAGAAAGAGAUAAUUUAUCUUCUAGUUUGUAGAAGCCUUAACGUAAUUACCAAUUUGAGAAAAUAAAUCACAGACACUGUGCUUUAGGCAAGUUUCUUUUUACGAUCGUACACAUUUGUAGCUGAUUUGACACUGAUGCUAUUUACCAAAAUAUCAUUUUUUACAAUAGCUGAGGACUAUUUGUCUUUCAACAGCAGGAAAAAGAUAAGCUAGCCAAGUUAUCACUUAAUUAUAGUAUCACUUUUGUUUGCUCAUAAUAACUGAAACUUCAACUAAUGCAAACAGCCUUCAGUAAUCACAAGUAAAAACCUGUCACCUUAUAAUAUAUGUAAAAAUGACAGAAUUAAGCAUCUAUUAUUUCUUUUUAUUGAAAUACGCCUUAUGUGCUAGAAAUAUCAAAUGAUCUCCAAGAAAAAAACUUAAAGCUGUGUGUUUACAUCGCUUGCUUUUUAAAUAUUUCUGUAAGUUAUUUUUAAAAUGUUUUGACAAGCAAUAAAGAUAUUCAAUGAGU